UAAAGUAGCCGUUUUCGGAAUGAGCAACAGGGAGCGGAGACAGCGGAGAACCGGAGUCCGCGGGUGAACCAUCGUUAGUGGACACGGUCCGUGUACAUACUUAGCGAGCGCGGUGUUGUAAGCGGCAAUGGCUGGACGACGACGACGGUGACCACGAUGGACGAAGACGACUGGGAAGCUCGCCUCGCGGACGUCGAGUGGCAGCGGUUGCAGGCAGCGCGGGAUCAGGACGGGCUUCGCGACGGCCUGGCCGAGGGAAAAGAGCGCGCACUGCAGGCGGGUUUCGACCAGGGCUUCCGCGAGGGUUUCCAGCUGCUUCGCCAAGUCGCCGUCUGGAGAGGCCUGGUCCGGGGUGCGUGCAGUUUCGCCGAAGGUGGCGAUCGGUCAGAGCUGUCUGAACUGUCCGGCCGACUGGUACAGCUCGAGCGAGACCUGCUGGCAGGCCGCGCGGGCGCAGCGCAAGUGCGCGAGACCCGCGUCCAAGUGCAGUGUGCGCUGCAGGCGCACGGACUUAGCCUGCCAGACGAAGACCGGACGCAGGAGCAAUAAAAAAGAGCGACCACAGAAA